AUGUUUGAGACAUUCAACGUGAGGAAACUGUUGCAGACCAGGCUGUUCUCUCUGUUUGCUAAUGGUCGCACAACUGAUAAGGAAAAGAAGGAAUACCAGCAUAUUCUGAUAAUCUCACGAGGAUUCUCUCUGAGGGUCGUUUUACAUAACUGUCCUGGCAUUGAAGGACAUGUUUUUCAUAUGGCGGAGAUGAUUGCUUAUGUUGUACUGGAUUUUGAACAGGAUUCAGAAGUCCUCUUCCAACUAUCAUUGGUUGGAACAGAAGUGACAGGAAUUCAUGUCAAAGCCAACAACUCAAUCAUGGGCGACAUUGAUAUCAGAAAAGAUUUAUUUGCAAACAUUGUGCUUAGUGGUGGCACAACUAUGCUCCGUGGCAUAGCAGAACGUAUGAGCAAGGAAAUCACUGCUCUUGCUCCAAGCAGCACAACGAUCGAGGUGGUUGCACUACCUAAGAGGAAGUACCGCACCUGGAUAGGAGGAUCACUCAUCACUUCUAGCUUCCCUCAGAACUUUCCGAAAAGUUAG